UUGGGCUUUGAUGCUUCUCUGUGUGUCAACCGUCCCAUUGAAGGAAACGCUAUAUAUCACGCCACACCGCGUCAUCACGGAGUUUCCUUAUGCCGGGCUGGGAGUCAGAGCGGAGAAUAAUGCAGGGCUCAUGCCUUUCUUAGCGCCCGGUUUAACUCCCGCACUACUGGAUGAGCUGAGAUCGAUUCCCGGAUGUUACAAUGACGCGCGCGUGUUUAACUUCUGCUUUUUAAACAGGCACUACUGGAUGAGCUGAGAUCCACUCUUAAAACACGUGUUGAAAAUAACAUAACUUGCGUUGUUUUUUAACACAUCUCUAUGUCCAGAUUGGGACAACAGAACUUUUGUUCAUUUUAACACAUUAUUUGUUAUUUGUGCAAUUUUGGUGUUAAACAUUUCUGAAAUAUAACACACCUCUUGUUGAAAUUAAACUUGCACAAAAGAUGUGUUGAUUUCCAACACAUUCGUUUUAAGAGUGUCGAUUCCCUUAUGUUACAAAGACGCGCGUGUUUAACUCCUGCUUUUUAAACACGCACUACUGGAUGAGCUGAGAUCGAUUCCCGGAUGUUACAGAGAAGCGCGUGAGAGAGAGAGAGCAUCAUAAUGGUGGCGGGUGAGUUGAUUCAGGAAGCAGUGAGGCAUGGAGACACACCGGCUUCCCCGGAUGAAUACGACAGUGUAACGGAGUGCAGCGCUGUCAAAGUCACCGUGAAGGAGGAGGAGAACGAGUCGGAGAGCCGCGCCAUGCUUCCUGCGGAACAGAACCCUCCUCCUUCUCCUCCUCUUCUCCAGGCCAGACUGUACCGCAGGCGCUUUGCCGUGCUCCUCAUCUUCAGCCUGUACUCUCUGCUCAACGCCUUCCAGUGGAUCCAGUACAGCAUCAUCACCAACAUCCUCACGCACUUCUACGGCGUGACGAGUGUGAUGAUCGACUGGCUGUCAGUGGUGUACAUGGUGACCUACAUCCCGCUCAUCUUCCCCGUCACUUGGCUGCUGGACUGCAAAGGGCUGCGCAUCACGGCGCUGCUCGGCUCCGGCCUCAACUGCGCAGGCGCGUGGCUGAAGUGUGCGAGUGCCGCACCCGGGCUCUUCUGGGUUACCAUGACGGCUCAGGUGGUCUGUUCUGUGGCUCAGGUGUUCAUCCUCGGCCUGCCCUCCAGGAUCGCGUCUGUGUGGUUCGGGCCCAGAGAGGUGUCCACUGCCUGCGCUGUAGCCGUACUGGGAAACCAGGUGGGGGCGAAUUGGUAGGCCUACUUCCACCCUGAGAGAAAUGCUCCUGCCAGAAUGAGUCACUCCUCAUCUCCUUCAGAGUAGCCAGUGAAGCUGUCACCACCUCCCCAGCAGUGCACAUAUCCACUGCUUGGGCCUGCAGAAUGGCAUUAGCUGGUUUCAGUGCACCAAGGACCUGAAGGAGGAACUUUCCUGUGUUAAAGAAACACUGUCGUUUUAAUUGGGUCGAAAGACCCAAUGCCUCUGUGCUGAUGUCAAAAGGAGCAGUGUCAUCCUCUGCUACAUCUGAGAGAAGCCCUCUGAUUGUGUCCUCAUUGGUGACAAUGGACUUCGUGACCUCAUAAUGACUGGUCCACCGUAUUUCCAGUAGUCGUUUCAGUGUAGGUGUGUUGUAUGUGUGUGCAACAUAAUGUCUGUGACAAAAUGUGUUUAAAGAAUUUGACCAGUCAAAGAACUUCUUUGCCAGGGGUUCUGCUUCCAUUGCGUGAACCACUGCCAAAUGGAGCUGGUGGUUGUAGCAGUGCACGUAUGGAAUGUACUUCCCCACUUUGUUUUGCAACAAAGCUUGGACACCACCCCUUCCCCCAGACAUGACAGACGCACCAUCAUAGCACUGACACACUAAAUUGUCUGGUCUGUAACCCAGGUCAGUCAAAUGUGAAAGAAUGUGGUCGGAAAUGUACUCAGCAUCAAGCUGAUGUAGUUCAAUUAAUCCAAUUAGGUGUUCCUUGGGGACAGAGUUUUGGACAAAUCUAAUUACUACAGACAAAUUCUCUAUGUUACAGUGAUCUCUGGUACCAUCACUUUUAAUGCAAAGUCCAGGAGAGUCUGCUUUCUCGUAUCUGGCUUGGAUAUUGUUUAGCACCAUUUUGGUGAGGGUUUCAAUUAUUUCAUUUUGUAUUACGUUUGACGUGUAUUUUGCAUUGUCUGGGAUAUGUUUUACAAUUUCUGCCAAUUUCUCAUCUUUUUUGACUGUAUAUUCAAAAAACUUCAGGAAAAGUCCCUCCUCCCCACCCUCGUGAUUGUGACCACGCAGAGCCAGUUCAUUGACAGCCAGGAACUGAACGGCCUCCCCAAUGCUCUUCACAUAGUACCUGUUUUUUUCUAUCUGCGUUUGACCCAGCAGGUGAGCUACUGUAUGCUUUCACCCGUCUCUGCCCGACGCUGGUGUUCCUGCCACACAGACAUUGAUCUGACGUGCGGGAGACUCGACACAUGUUUCUGGAAGCCGGCGUCUUUUUCAAGGGCUUUUUUCCAAUUUGUGAAGCCACGUUUGGUAAAUAUAUCCUCGCGGUCCGAAUGUGAAAUGUUAAAUUUGCGGCAGGCAAAGCAAAAGCUGGCAUCGCGGAUAACGGAAUACUCGAGCCACGGUCGAGAAUGAUACCAGCUUGCACUAAAGCACCGAAGGGUUUGUCCAAAUGGGCGCUUGGGGUAAUUAGUUAAAAUAGGCUGGGACGGGCUAUCCAUAUUUAAGUUGGAAGGGACGUGCACAUCAGAGGUUUGGGAGGACUGCGUACUUUGUGAAAUGCAGGGGUUUUGAGUUCCUGAAGCGGCCACAGAACUGCAGGAUGGUGCAGACCUAUUCAGAUCCUGUGAAGGGCUUUGCUCCGCGUUGGCAGCAGCGGUGCUGGGCUCAACAGCGGAGUCAGAAGCUUGCCCAGCGACAGGGGUGGACGAGGUCUGCUUUUUAAUGAGCCACCUAUGCAUGUCUUUUGGUGUUACGUACUAGUUAAUAAAAUGUUUUAAUAACGUCUGUGUGGGUUAUGCUUAG